CUGACUAGUGUCUAUAGUACCUGGUCCUUGCUGGGUCCAACCCACCCUCCCUGGGUGAGGGAUCCUCUCCUGCCAGUAACUACUUCUCUGCCACUGAGCUCCUGGGAGAAGAAUGCCUGUCCCCUUCAGGUCAGGGAGGGGUUUAUAUUGUUUCUCCCAUGGCCCAUCCUCCUCGGUGCCGAUUGGUUUUCCUUUUCCUUCCAGUUUCACUUAUUCCAAUCCUAAAGCUGGGAAGUUUCUUGGGAAAUGUAGGCCUGCAGAGGAAUUGGCAAUGAAGUCUUAUCGGAAAUUUACUGUAAGGCCUUCUGCUUCAUUGAGGCCUACAGACCAGGAUCAUGACAAAGGGUAAUAAGCCACUAUCUCCUGCUUGUUGGAAAGGAUUUCAGAGUUAAACUGAACAUAUGAAAACUGAUAGAUGAUAUAUUUUAUAAAGAGAGAAUUGUACUAUCCAAAGUAUGCUUUUUAGCGUGAAAGAGCUCCCUGAACUUGGAAAGUUCAUAAAACUCCAGAUUCCUGCAUCAAAAACUCCAGAUUCCAGCAUCCCUGCCCUUAGAAAGCUAGUAAAUCCAGAAGUACCACACUAUUUGCAAAAAGCAGAGGUAUUGGAACUGUUAUCUUCUUUGCCAUGUCGGUUUUCUUCUUCCCUCAGAAGAGGAAUCCGUCUCUGCUCAAGAGGAACCCCUCUGUUCACCUCCUGCUGUUUACACGGAACACAAUUUUGCAAGAGGUUUGGAGUGACUGUAUGGGGUGACUUGAUUCGGAUCAGAGCCCUUCAGAAGCCGAAUGUUCCUCCUCCUGCCUUUGAACUAAGCAAUGGAGACCUUGAGAGUGGAGGUGAACAUGUCUGUAGAGGAGGGGGCUGUGAUGGCUGCAGAGCUGGAAAAUGUACCCAACUUCAAAUUGUGGGCAGACUUAGAGGGAGCAAAGCCUCCCCACAAUCUUCAUGUAGAGAGUAUUGGAGAGUCACAGAUGGCAGCUGCUCCAAAACAGAUAAAAUGUGAACCAGAGGAAGGGUUGCAGGAACGCUGGGAGGCCCAGUGGCAGGAGUUCCUGAAGACACUGCAGGCCCCUGACUCAGGAUGGGGGAACCCACAGAUGGCCAAAAAGCCUACCCCAUGGGAAGAUGCUAAGGCUUUCCUGGCUUCCUUCGAGCAAGUUGCAUGGGCAUGCCAGUGGCCUUGUGAAAAGUGGGUGACCCUCCUCCUGCCAGCCCUCAAUGGGGAAGCCGAGCAGGCCUUCUGCGGCCUCAGUGUCCGAGACAGAGAGGAUUAUGGGAAGGUGAAAGCCGCCAUCUUGCGAAGAGAGGCCCUUGCGAGGGAGAGGCAGCGUCAGCACUUUAGGCAAUUCUCCUACCAGGAAGUGGAGGGACCAAGAGCAGUUUAUGGCCAACUCUGGGAACUUUGUCAUCAGUGGCUGAAAGCUGAGAGACACACCAAGGAGGAGAUCUUGGAUCUGCUGGUUCUGGAACAGUUCCUGACCGUCCUGCCCCAGGAAAUGCAAAACUGGGUCAGAGAACGCAGUCCCGAGACCUGCAUCCAGGCAGUGGCCCUGGCAGAGGACUUCCUGUUAAGGCAGAUGGACACCAAAAGACUAAAAGAGCAGGUUCUUCCACCCUCCGUUUGGACCCAGCACCUUUUAAGGAAUACCAAGCAGGAGCAAGCUGAAGAGGCAACAUCACUGGGAGAUGAACAGACCUUUGAAGGUAGUAUUCAGCAGGACAAUCCAGAGCAAGUGGAAUCGAGACUUGCAUGGCUAGGAGGCAGCCAGGUUUCUCAGUAUUAUGGUGGAAGUCAAUCAGAGAGUGAAAAGGGAGCUACGAUGAAUAAGGCCCCCUGCAUGGCAGAAGGUAAAUGUGAUCAGACAGAAACAUGCCAAAAUAUCCAUCUUUCUGGAAGAAGCUUCCGCUGGAGCUCUGAUCUCCGAGUUCACGAGUGUACCCGAUCAGGCGGAGCAUAUAAAUGCACCAAGUGUGGGAAAAUUUUCAGUCAGAAAGGAGGCCUGAAGAAAAACGAGAGAAUUCACUCGGGAGAGAAACCGUUCAAAUGCGUGUUGUGUCAGAAAAAUUUCACAAACAGCUCCAGCCUCAUCAUGCAUGAGAGAAUCCACAAAGGCAAGAAGCCGUACAAGUGCUCUGCGUGUGAGAAGAGCUUCAGCCGCAAGGGGACUCUCAUCAUACAUGAAAAACUCCAUGCGGCAGGGAAACUAUAUAAGUGCUUUGGGUGUCCCAGAAGUUUUGCUGACUGCUCUAACCUUGUUGCCCAUGAGCGAAUUCACCGAGGAGAGAAACCCUAUAAAUGUUCCAAGUGUGGGAAGGGUUUCAGUCAGAAAGGAACACUCACGACGCAUGAAAAAAUGCACUUUGGAGAGGAACCUUUUAAAUGUUUGGAAUGUGGGAAAAACUUCUGCAGAGCAACAAAACUGAGGGAUCAUCAGAGAAUACACACCGGAGAGAAACCGUAUCAGUGUUCGACCUGCCAAAAAAGUUUCACUGACGGUUCCAACCUCAGUAGACAUGAGCGAGUUCACACAGGUGAGAAGCAAUUUAUAUGCUCCGAGUGUGGGAAGAGCUUCAAUCAGAAGGGAAACUUGCUAAUACAUGCAAGGAUCCACACUGGAGAGAAGCCGUUUAAAUGUUCAGAGUGUGGGAAAAGCUUCAGUCAGAAGGGAAACCUUGCAAAGCAUGAAAAAACUCAUGCAGGAGAAAAAUCGUAUAAGUGCAUUUGACUCUGAACUGCAGUAUUCCAGCCUGAUCCUGUUCACAUUGACUUAGAAGGAAGUUCCUCUCACUUCAGUGGGCUUUAUUUUCCAUAUGAGCUCGGCUGUGCCAGGACAACUGCCUAUGAAUCAGGAGGGGGCAGCCUUUAUGCCA